AUGAAAAUUAUAAUUGAGUUAGAAAGACCCACACCAAAAUUAUUACCCGAUUUAACGACAAAAUCAAAAAAUUAUGUUCGAACAUUUAAAUAUGAGUAUUACAGUACAUAUAAGUGGUUAUCGGGUUGUAAAAAAACAAAUAAUCUAUAUUGUUGGCCUUGUGUUAUUUUUUCUCGCGAAGAAAAUGUUUGGACCAAAUAUGGUUUCAACGAUCUUAAUAAUUUUCAUCAUUUAAAAAGUCGUCACGAAGCCGCUAAAAAUCACAUACAAUGCUUAGUAGAUUUAACUAAAUUUGGUAAAAUAAGAAUAGAUACUUGUUUGAGUGAAGCUUUUAGAAAAAAUAUCGAAAAACAUAAUAUUACAGUUAAAAAUAAUAGAUACAUAUUAAGCAGUAUGAUAGAUUUAACGUGUUUUUUAGCUCAGCAGGAAUUGGCAUUUAGAGAUUUGGCAAAAAAAUCUAUGUUUUAUGAUGAAGUAAUCAAAGCUUUCCUUACUAAAAAUAGAAGAAUUGAUUUAAUAUAUAAGUAA